UCCACCAGUCGUGGAGUACGCGCUGUGCUGAGUGCUUGUGACUUUCGGUGGUUGCUUUUAUUUUUUUUCAAAUUUAAUUUCAUAUUUUUUUUGGAAUUUUUUCCACAACACGGAUGUUCUUUUAUAAAACGGCUUGGACUUUGGAUUAACAAUCACAACAGACAAUAAUCAAAAAUACGACGUCACCUCGCGGACUAUGAGAGCUGGGUGAAGGGGCCACAGCACCUAUGUUAGUUCAGGAUGCGAUGAUGAGGUCAGGUGGAGGAGGAGUGCUGGAAGGAAGCAGAGGUCCCAUUUCCUUUCCGCACCACCCCAUUUACCCCCCGGGUCCGGAAUUCCUCCGACCUUUGCCGCCCCGUUACAGGCCGCCCCCGCUGCCUCCGACGAGGCUCAAAGAGGACGAAGAUACGACCAAUUUCCCAUACAGGGUUUAUCCUUACCCGUACCCGUAUCCUUACCUGUACCCCCUGGUCCGACCUCUCGACUACCCUUCUUACGCCUCGCCGCCGCAGUCGCCGCUCGUCAGGAAGUCCCGGCCGAAGGAGAAGCGUGCCCUUCGCAGGUCGAGGGCAGACCCCUCGGCCGGCUUCGCCCGGGGAUCCCUCAUCCGUCUCGCAUCCGGGGAACUCCGCCGGGUCGAGGAAAUGCGGACCGAAGACUUCAUCUCAUCGGCGGACGCCAGCCCGGCCCUCAGGCUCGACCCGAGCACGGUCGUACGGAUAGAUUCCUCGCCUGAAGCCACCUCCGCAGUCCUCACCCUCAGCUACGGCCAAGACCGUACACAGGUCGAGGUCGAAUGUUCGACAGAACACCCCUACUUCGUCUAUGGCCAGGGUUGGGCAUCGUGCCGCCCCGAGAGGACCCAGGCAGCCUACGGUCUGAAGGUCCAUCAGCUGCAAGUGGGCGAUGUCUGCAUCUCCCUGACGCCUCGACAGGGUGCCCAGUCGGGUACAAGUGGCGACAGGAAGCGCAGGUGGUCUGCGCCGGACGAGAUACCUCCUCCACAGCACACUAUACUCGUCAACGACUGAUCCCGUUCGACAGAAAACAAUAAAAACAAAAAAACAAAACAAACAAUAAACACUAAGGCCGGGUUAUGCAAAAGAGAAAGUUGAUGUUUCAAAAUUUAUAUGAGCUUUGUGACAAAAUUGGGGUUUUCUUGCCCUCGAGAGCAUCCAUUACUUUAGCUUGUAAGCAUAAAUCAUAGGUUGCCACGUGUCGUUAUAAAAUAAUAAAAGAAACUUUUUUUACAUUUAAUCAUUUAUUGUACUGACACUGGAUCUGCCUUCACUCGUUGCUCAAACGAGUUUUGGCUUUAUGCAGUCUUCAGUGAGUCACAAACCGAUAUCCACCAUUUAUUUAAUGACUUGUACUUGAUCUAAGUUUAUCUUAUGUUCUGAGUUUAAUUUUAAUCUUCCUUUAUAAUGUAAAAUCAUUUUUGUUUUUUCAAUGUUUUGAAAGAGUAGAAUAAAAUCCUGGUAUCAAUCAGGUUUUAUACUUUUUGUUUUUCUUACAAUUUGUCCAUAAUUUCUGUUUUAUAGAUCAUGUAACUUUAAUUUUGAUAUAAUUAAGGCAAAAUUCUAUGCUUUUAUUUACAAAAAUCUUGUAACACGUGACAAACAUAAAUGAUUGAAAAUAGUAUUGAUAUAAUUAGUUAUCGUCGACAUUUCUCCUUUAUUCAGCUACAGUCUUUCAAUUUGAGCUCUCAGUAAAAAAUAUAAUAAAAAUAAUAAUAAAAUAAAAAUAAAAACAUCUCAUUUUUGUUAUUGUGCAAUGUAAUAAUCUUUAUUACAAGUCGAGAGAUUUUUUUUUUAUACAAAGCCAUAGUCAUAGGACUAGCUGAACAUUAAUACAUCCGGAUGGUUGAUUUUUGUAUUGUAUAAAUUGAAAAUUUAAAAAAGAAAAAUAUUUUUGUACUGUAAAAUAGAAACCCUGCCUUGUGCAGAACCCGGGGGAGGGGUGCACAAACCUAUCCAAAAGCUCUGCUUUUGUGUAUAAAAUUUUUUUUGUAUAUACUUAAUCGUUGAACUUAUUAAAAACAAAAAUUUUUUUGUAAUUUUUAUCUCUGUGAAUAUGAUCUCUUUUCUUAUAUAGUUUUUGUUUUAUAAAGCAGCCAGAAUAGAAAUAUUUUUAAAAAAAGGUGUAUAUAUUAGUUUAAUCAUUUCCCAAAAGUUAAAAAGUUACUAAAGUUAUAUUUAAACAAUAAAAUU